GCGCAGGGGCGUGAGACCCGCCCAGAAGCACGGAAAAGGAAACGACACACCGGUAGAUCCGAAACUGUUUCCCGCGAGACGUUCGUUUAGUAAAGUACAAAAACCAACGACUUUGUGUGUUUAAAGUAGCUGCUUCAGUUUGGUCUGUACUGCACAAUUUAGCUAGAGGUCACAUUUACAUUGACAUGAGUGGUUAGAGAAUGUGUAGACGUUAUAUAACUCCUAGUUGUAAAGACCUAAGCUAGCAACUGCGGUUAUUAACACGCACACCUUAGCACCAUGGACAGAGAGUGUGUGUCACUGCUGCCCCGGGUCUGUGAGGUGCUGGCGGCCUCAGGGAGCUCGCUGCCCGAUGACACCAUUCUGGAGAAACUGCUGGACUGGUUCACAGCGCUCACCGAGGCUGGGGAGUCUCUGCUGGAGGCCUGUCCGUGUCUGCUUGAGUUCAUAUCUGCUGUGAUUCAUGACACGGCUUCAGCCCCAGGUGUCCUCUCCUUCACUCUCAGACAUUUCAUUGAGCCGCUUCUGCAACUCCAGACAGACACAAGCCUAUUUGUUGCCUCGGCUGCCAAUCAAAUGCUCUCCCACGUCCUGCUGUUCUGUCAGCCUGUCUCAUCUAUAGGAUGUAAUGGCACCAAUAAGAAGGAAGAUGAGCAGAACACAAGCGUGUCCAAGGCAGUUGUAGAAAACCCAGCCGAGCCCAUGGAAAUAAACCAAGAUUGCACCGCUGUUGUCGAUGCAAUCUCAGAGUACCUCAAGAGGGCGCUGGGGGUUCCCAAGGGAAGCGCACAGCUUCAUCAGUGUCAGCAGACCCUCCGAUUGCUGGCUCUGCUCCUGGGCCAGACCAAGCCUCCUCUGCAUGACAAGCUGCUGCAGACAGUCACAGCUUCUCUGGAGGAAAUGGUGGCAGCAGACUGUAGUGAACUCACACUGCCUCUGAUGGAUGUCAUUUUAGCUGCAUGCAGCCGCGUCCCAGACCAGCGCAUCACCCGUCUUUUAACUUUCAUGUUGAACGUCAGGAAACCUGCUGACCUCGUCCAUGCUGCAGCUGCUUUUCUCCGUGGCGGCCAUCAUGACCGUGUCCACACAGCUCAGUCUGUGAGAUUACUGCUGCUACCCCUCGACAUCAUAUCUGGCCAGAACCGACUAGGCACAAACACUGCAGGAGACAUGCAUCGGUUUGCCAUGACUGAGCAGCUGAAAAGCAAAACCUCCUGCAUCUCCAUGACCAGUGUGUGUCUAACAAACAUACCUCAGAUCGCACACAUGGAUCCUGACUGCCUCCCCUGCGCUCCGGAUUUAAUCGUGUCUGGAAUUCUGUCGCUACUGAGGAUCUGCAGCGGCGACUCGUCCUCCUCGGCCGCUGGCUGUAGUGAAGUUUUCAGGAAUGUCAUUGGCAGUGGGAAAGUUCAGAAAUGUGCUCUAGAGGCUCUGACAGCUGUCAGUAACAGCCCAGGAGCAAAUGGCAAGCUGACUGACGUGCUCACACUUCUGAUACAGUAUCUGGACGAUCCUGAUUCUGAUCCCACUGUGCUACAUAAGUCCUACCAAGCCUUGGUAAAGUGGAUGAGUGUUUGCACAGACGUCUCCUUUAUAACAGACCAGCUCAGACACGAUCUCGUCCAGGUGGUGAAGAAACGUGCGUGUGACAUGCGCUGGGAGGUAAGAGACUCAACGAUGGAGUUUCUGGGGCACCUGGGAGCGAUGCGUGUCUGCCGGGCGCCAGCUGAGCAGGCGUGCGAUGCCUCUGAGGCCCUGCUGGGUGGCUGCUGCUGUACCACUCCUCUCCUCAGGGAGGCUCUGCAGGAUCCAGAGAGUUAUGUGAGAGCCAGCGCGAUCAAAGCACUGGCACAGACAGUGAUGCACAGCUGGCAGGAGGGGGCAGCACCCACACAGGAGCAGACUGAAAUCGUGACCCGGCUGCUUGAGAUUCUCUCCCAGGACACAGAAGGGUUUGCCAGGAGGGCUGUUGUAAAGUUCUUCAUCGCCUGGUUCUCUUCACAUACGUCACACACGCCCCCGUCGUCGCCUGCCUCCCCCUCCUGCUCUCUCCUCAUGCAGUCUGUACGCUCCGUCCUCUCACGAGGCUGUGCCGAUCUGGACUGGGAGGUCAAAGUUCACACGCUGGAGCUGGCGGAGUUGCUGCUGGACAAAGCCUUUUUGGGGCACGGGAGUUACACGAAGGGCUCGGACGCACGUCCGGCCCAACCACACGCGUACGCUGUGAUGCCUGACCGAGCCUACACACUUCACACACACGGAGACACGCGCGCACAGGACGCGGAGUCAGAUUUAGUCGACGUGUUGAAGAGUCUGGUUGAGCAGGGAGUCAUCUCUGCAUUGCUGAGCGGUCUGGUCGACUGCGAUAGGCCUGUAGCUUUAAAGGCCUGUAGACUGCUGAUAACACUCAGAGUGACAGUUUGUCCGGCAUCGCAAGGGGACCCAGAUGUAUCUGAUGCCACAGCAACAGUUGCCAGAGUGUCCUGUGAGCUGCCCAGAGCAGGUUGGGCACAAGAGAUCAGAAAGAUACUGGGUGUAAGGACUGAGGCUAAUGCUGAGAGAGAUUUAAAUGCACUCAAUGCCACCAGCUUUGAAGACCACAGCGAGGAAGGAGCGAGCGCUGUGAGUCAUUGCGAGCGCGUAAGCGUGUGUGAAGCGUUGGGCUCUCUGGGUUUGGACGACAGGCUGGAGAUCCUCAGUAGAAGCAGUGACCACGUGCAUAACUCGCCCCUCUCACUACUGCAAGACAUAUUAACUGCGAGCACCUCUCACACUCAUUCAAACACACAACCAGGGCAAGAGGUCAUAGUGGACUGCUACUAACGCCCACACGAAUAAAUCAAGUUACAUUUCUCUUCAUGUUGUUGCAAUAUUCAAAUUCGUUGAAUCCAAGAGGAGCACGCUAAUUGUGGUUUUUUAUUUGUUUGCUUGUUUACUUCUUUCACCUGGGUAAUUGUAAUGCAGCAGUUGAGUUGUAAUCUAAAAGUUUUGUGACUCCACUCCACUGAUUUAAAUGUGCCCACUGUCACCUGCACCUUUACACCACUCACAGUGCCGCUGCUAUGCAUCGCUCCCAGCUUGAAUGUCCAGGAUCAAUCCUGGAUCUCAGCUAUGACUCCGACUCAGUGUAGUCUAAAGCCCCAAAGGUGGCGCUGUGGGUGAGACCAGGAGAGUGGUUGUUGAGCUGACCUACUUCUGAAUUUGUCCCGGGGGAUCACCCCCUCAGUGCCAAGUUCUCUCGUAGCACCCUGAAGCGUCAAAGGGAGAACGUUCACUCCAAAUUACACACAGCUCAAUGAAAAAGCAGAUUUGGCUCCCUGCGACUUUGUCCUCUCUUCCGCAACAAAAUUCAAGUUGAAGGCUCGCAGUGGAGGAGAUCCAGCCCUCAGGAGGAGAGAAGCAUAAAGGCACAGUUACAGCAUUUUUACACCUGUACUUACAAACCUUUUUGAUCAUAUUUCAUGUAAUUAAUUAAAAGAAAAGACCCAACAUCCUAUAAGGACCCCAGCCACAUUUAAAACAUAUAGCUAUAGCAAUGUGUCGCAGUAAAUCACAUAAGUGGGAUCUAAAAGCUCAACUGAAGUUUAUUCACAUCAAAAUCCUCUAAAUA